GCUAGCCAGCUGCUAGCCGAAUUUAAAAAUGGCUCUUUCGCGGUCUUUGGCGCGUUAGCAAUUUGAAUUAGUUGCACAUUGUUUUGGAGCUUUACAGGGCUCUCGCUAGAUUAGCAUUUAUACACGUGUUCUAGUUAGACCGUUACUUUAUUUAGACUAUACGAUUAGGUCAAUAAAACAUUCUUAUUUUCUGGCUUGUCUGGAGUGGUUGCCAAUACCCGAGUACCAAUACCAAGAGUUGGCCAAUUGGCUAGUAACGUUAACGUAGCUACUUUAAACCUAGCUAGCUAACAUUGGCUACUCACUGUUUUGCUGAACUGUGCGCGGAGAUCGGAGCGCAUAAGUUGGCGAACCAUUUGUUUUGAUGUCGCUGGUGGAUCUGGGCAAGCGGCUGCUGGAGGCCGCGCGGAAGGGCCAGGAGGACGAGGUCCGGACGCUCAUGGCCAACGGCGCCCCCUUCACCACGGACUGGCUGGGAACGUCGCCCCUGCACCUGGCCGCCCAGCACGGACACUACUCGACCGCCGAGGUGCUCCUCCGGGCCGGGGUCAGCCGGGACGCCCGCACCAAGGUGGACCGGACCCCGCUGCACAUGGCGGCCGCCGAGGGCCACUCCUCCAUCGUGGAGCUGCUCGUCAGGCAGAGCGGCGCUGACAUCAACGCCAAAGACAUGCUGAAGAUGACGGCGCUGCACUGGGCGGCGGAGCACGGGCACCGCACGGCGGCCGAGCUGCUGGUCAAGUACGGCGCCGACGUGCACACGCUCAGCAAGUUCGACAAGACGCCCUACGACAUCGCCGCCGACAACAACAACGGCCAGCUCAUGGCGCUGCUGCAGGAGGGGAUGCAGAACCAGGUGAAUGUGAACGUCGAUCGCAGCACCAGCAACGCCAUCGGGCCUCAGUUCAUCCUGUCCUCCGGGGGCGUGGUCAACCUUGCUGACCUCAUCUCCUCCACCAAGAAUUCCUCAGGAGAGAUGGAGGAAGUCAUCGCUGCUGACUCGGUGGACUCGGCAGUUCAGCACCUGGUUGGAGACGGGGGUCAGAGGGUCAUCACCAUAGUGACGGACCAGCAUGGCAACCUGCAGUCCGGAGGCCUGGGGCAGCCCUUCUUUGUGACCAUGCAGCACGGGCAGCAGAUGGUUGCCGUGCCGGCGGGCCAGAUCACGGAGGAGGUGGUGGAGGAGGAGCUCCAGCCCCCGCCAGCCCGUAAGAGGCGAUUGGACACAUCUUCGUCCAAUCACACGGAGCCAAAGGGCAAGGGGGAGUUGGACAGCAGGGAGGUGCUGCAGAAGCAGCUGCAGGAGGCCAACCGCAAGGCGCAGGAGUACCGGCAGCAGUUCCUGCAGAAGGAGCAGGAGGCCGAGGAGUACCGGCUCCGGCUGGAGGCCAUGGCGCACGGCCAGGCCAACGGCACCUCCGCCCCGGGGGAGGAGGAGCAGGAGGAGGUGGAGCAGGAGGAGGUGCAGACGGUGGUGGUGCUGGCGCAGGAGGUGGCUGAAGAGGAGGGGGGGGAUGUGGCAGGAGGAGCGGGGGUGAAGGAGGAGGAAGUGGUGGUGGAGGCGGAGGCGGAGGAGGUGGAGGCGGAGCCUGAAGGGGAGGCGGAGCCCAUCGCGGAGGUCGCCUCGUAACGAUGGAGCCCCGGAGAUGGGCGGACGGACGGACGGACGGAAAUGGGGAUUUGGGACAGACGGACACACCAGCCUGUUUCCAGUUUCAUGUCCACAACAAUAAACUUUUCUUUUUUUUUUUGUUUUGUAUAAAGAAACGGAUUCUUUUUUUCGUAAUUUUUUUUACAUCUGUUGUUGAUCUAUCUUUUUUUAUUAGUUUUUUUUUUCAAAGUUGUGUGAUGAAGAAUGUCUGGAACAGGCGAAGAGCGCUGGGCAUCCCCACGGAACUCGAGCGAGUCACAUGAUUCUGAACCCCGCCAUGCCCCUCCCCCCCAGGCAGCCCCACGGGGGGGGGGCGGUCCUAACGUCCCCCCACGCUUGUCACCCCUCCACCCCCUGACCGCAAGCUUUUUGGGUGUUUUACAGACGCUUGGGGAUCUUGUACUCUAAGAAAAACCGUGUUUGGAAACUAGCUAAGCCUGAGAGUCCCGGAGGUGGUGUGGGUGGGGUGGGGUGGGGGGGGGGUCUGCUGUCUGUGCUGGUUUAUCCUCAACACUUUCAAACUCUUUAUUCAUUAGUUCCUUUUGUGUCUUCAGGAACUCCCAUAUCCAUGAAGUUUUUUUUUGUUGGUUUUUAAAUUUAAUUUAAUUUUUUACAAAUUUGCCAAGAUGCUCGGAAUUCCUCUGGAGAUUCCUGUGACGUUUUUCCCUCUCUCUGGUCCCGGUGCAGUCUGAGAUCGUUCGCUGUUUCGCUCUCCGAGGUGCGACGCGUCACACACGUUCCCAGUGCACUGCGCCCCCCCCCCCACUCAUUGUGUGUGUGUCACAGCUCACCUUUUACGCGACCCCCCCCACUCGCUGACUCCAUCUCUUUUUCCUCUGUCCUCUUCCUCCGAUCUCUUCUUCAUCUCACCUCUACUUCUCCUCCCACCCUCUCGUUCCCGUGCCUCUCCUGAGGCUCAUCCACGUGCCCAUCGCCCACCCCCCCUGCGGUGUCCCCCAGGCCCCCUGCGGUCCCGCACAGCGCUGUAAUUAAGGGCUAAUUGUUUCUCAUUACGCUGUCAGGAGCUUCGCCUUCAGCGUCUCCGGGGUGGUCCUGCUUCCUGGUGCCAGAAAAACAUCUCUUCCCCUCUCUUUCUCUCUCUGUCUCCCCCCCUCUCCCCAUCCCUCUCUCUCUCCCUCUCUCUCUCUCUCUUCCCCCCUCUCUCCCCAUCCCUCUCUCUCUCUCUCUCUCUACCGUUCUCUGUCUCUCGCAUGCUUACUUUCUCAGUUUCUGUCUUUAUCGGUCAGGCUACGCUGGGUUUUAUGUUAGGAUUGUGCGAAGCGUUGCCUGCUGGGAAGGGCUUCUGUCCGAGCCCAGUGCAUGCUGGGCCUGGUCUGAUUGAGGGCAGUCUUCCAGCGCCCGUGGCCUGAGUGAAGGGGCGUGCGAUGUGAGCGCCAUACGGUCCGUCGGCAGCGGCUUUUCUCCCGCUGGUCGAGCCCGGUCUUCGCUGACGAGUGUGGGCGUGGCUCCAGGGCCUGUUUACCUGACCGCAGCUCGAUUGACAGCUCAGCGGCCUGUGACCUCACUAAUUAUGCUGUUUCAGUGUUGGAACAGGCUCCUCACCAUGGAAACAGACCCCCCCCCCCCUUUCACCGUGGAAACAUACUCCUCCCCUUUCACCGUGGAAACAUACUCCUCCCCUCUUCCUCGUGGAAACAGACUCCUCCCCUUUCACCGUGGAAACAUACUCCUCCCCUCUUCAUCGUGGAAACAGACUCCUCCCCUCUUCAUGAUGGAAACAGACUACAUCCAUUCUCACUCCCCGGCAUUGGAGUCAACCGUAUAUUCUUUUUUUUUCUUGCAUAAUAGUAAAAUAUUAUAUCUAUUAAAGACAAUAAGUUAGGUCCCCACCCCUCAGUUUGACAUGAACAUUAUACAGGUAUAUAUAUAUAUAUUUUUACUCUAGAGACUGGUAAUUGUUUUAUACAUAUUGUACAUACAUGUUUGACUUUGUGUGUGUGUUUUCUGAUGAGUGUAAAUGGGCUUUUUCCAGGUUAAGGGGAUGUCUCUGGGGGGCAGGAGGGGUGAAGUUCUGGUGAAAUAAACUAGUUUAACAUGCGUAACCUGCGCAGGUGUCAGCCUGGUGUUUUCAGGAUAUAAAAACUUGACACGACGCCCACUCAGCCCAUCUGUGAGUGAGUCUGCCUGUGCUUUCUCCCCAGUGUGAAAACAUUAUGAGUUUGCUUCUUUAUAAACUGAUGCCUGCCAGCAUACGCCUGUUAAAGUAGGUUAUUCUGGGUAGGAUCGAUUAGCACCCACAAAGCUGGAACAAUACCUAAUUCCCCCCCCACCAUUUGUUUUGUUUUCUACCCUUAACCUGUUUAGAUGGGUGAAAUGUCCCAGAAAUUCCAAGUCAAUCUGGAACAUAACUUCUAAAACACUUCUGGUUAGUCUUAGAUCUUUUAAAUUGGCAGCACUCUAACCCUUUAAAAGGGUCCCCUAAUGGGUGGAACCGGGGUGCACGGAGCUUUUCGGCUGCUUUUGAGGAGGUUUGGGGAGGUGUUGGAGGGAGGCCUGUCUUUGGGGCCCCUUCACAGUAGGAAUGGUGUGGACUUCGCUUUGUCAAACUUCCAGGUCCUCCGAUUCCACCAUGGCUGCAGUAACUGUGUGUCCUUUCUUUAAACACGUUGUGUUUUUUUUAAUGUACGUAUGUAUGUGUGUAUAGGAACACUAUCAGGGAUCGUUUUACAGGCUUUUUUAAAGAAAUGAGACAACAGAAGCCAAUUCAGCAUAAAUGUAAAUGUUGCAGAAAGAAAAACAACAAAAAAGGAGGAAGUUAAAGGAAUUCCUUUUUUAAGAAAAAAUAAAAAAGCAGAUCAAUUCUUUUUUUUUUAGAAUUCAAUAAAUAUGCACUCAUUUGCCAUUUGUGUUCUAUGUGUUCGGUCAUUGGCUCGAUUGGCAGGGUUCAAACCUUAGAGUAUGUAAUAUGUAGAGACAGCCAAUGGAAACCUAUGGGGAGCACAUCAGAACCAGGAAGUAGAAUUUUUUUGCUCAAUAGACAUGCUCAGUUGUGUCCUUGGUUACAUGCCUAAAUCACAUGUACAACGAGGAUAGCACAGACAUAAAUAAUAAAACAUUUUU